GGAGGAAGUUGUGAGGGGUUAGCGUGGUUUUAAGCGAAGCACUAGCCUAGACUGCCUAUUUGACAAUCACGUCCAAAUCCAUUAAGAACCAAGUACUCCUGCACCCCACAUCUCCUCUUAAAUCGACCAGGUGCAAGGUCUUGCCUCAAGCACUUCGCGUCUCUGUUCAGCAGUCUCGCCCUCGAGAUCAUCCUCCUAAACCCAAAUUUCCUAUCUUUCUACCCCAAACCCCUAGAGUUCGGUCCAUCAAUUGAUCCCCCACGCAAACUCCUUAUCCAAAUGGCCGGUGCGCCGGGUUCCGGGAAAAGCACCCUUGCGAACCUGCUAGCACAAUCUCUCAACGGAGUAGUCAUCGACCACGAUCUAAUCCGCUCCUUCUUCCUCUCCACCUCGAUCCCUUUCACUCAGUCCGCAAACUCUCAUACAGCUUCCAAUGGGUGCUCGCCUCCGAUAUACUUAAACAAGGACGUAGCGUUGUUAUCGAUAGUACUUGUAAUUACGAUGAGACGCUCAACCAAGGGAUGGCGCUUGCGAAGCAGUGUGGGGUCGAGUAUAAGUAUGUGGAGUGUAGAGUUGAGGAGCCAGCGGUCUGGUGUGUGUCUUCCGCCGCCUGAUGCUGAUGCUGAGGGUGGGGGAAGCAACGAAGACUGCCAUAAGCUCUUUGAGAGGUGGAUUGAACACCCCUGUCGCCUGGAGAGCGAUGCCAUUAUUGUGGAUUCAGCGGCCAGCCCCGAGAAGUGUCUUGACUUCGUACUCAAGCAAGUUCUGCCUUCAGCUGGUGGCCAAUCAGCUGAGUGUGUAGCUUCGAACUUUGCCGAUAGCUGAGGCAGUAUGAAGCUUCUCUCGGACAAAUUUCGUAGACGUAUCUCGUUGGGACGCGAGUGGAGCAGGGGCGAACAUGGUAUUGAUGAAUUCUGUUCACUUGGGAUGAGAGUGGUUCUUCGGCCAGCCUAACCCUAGUCCUCGGGCGCAAUGACGAGGUGAAAACUCGUAAAAUGUGCUCGCACGACGGCAAUGUACGUCAACUUCUUUGAGUCCAGAGGUGAAUAAGGAAGCAGGCCUAUUCGUGAAGCCCCUGAGUCCCGGAGCUGCGCCAUUUUGAUUGUUCGCCUGUAUGCCCCAGCCAGUCG